GCCCGUUACCAGCCCCUUCAUAUGCGCAUUUUGGCGGGAAUGAGAGAGUCUUUCUUCUUCCCGCCCUGAUUCUCCAUCAUGAGCAGAUUACCAGAGAUAACUGAUCUUCUCGCCAGACUUGCUUCGAAUCUCAAAACCCUAGGUCCGACGACCAGAGAUGGCGAAGAAGAAGAAGAAAAAGAGCAGCAAACUUGUCAGCUCUCUAUUUCGAACUUGAACCAAUCGCUCAACCUCAGCGAUAAUUCUAGGGUUAGGGUUUUGGACACUGCCUUGUCUUUGAUGUGCUUCAAAUCGACGCAGGUGUUUGAUUCUCUGAUUGAGCAUCUGGUGAAGACAAUUGUUAGUGUUUUGUCUUCUUCGAUUUCUUGCAAGGUAGUGCGGUUUCAGAAAGAAGAGUUUUUGCAGGUUGGUGGCUCUAUUUCUCAGCACAAUUGUGCAGAAUUGAUCGAAGCGUGUGCUGAUAUUUUUGGGAAAUUGGAGGGACACCGAAUGCUUUCUCAUUUGCUAUCAUAUGCUGUUGUAAGAGUAGCAGCAUUAGCUUCUUGCUAUCAAAAUGUGUCACCAUUAAUUCAUUUUCUUGAUGUUAAAUCAAUUGAUGGAAGAAGCACCACAGUUUUGAAGCUGCUUAGCCAUAUGCCACGAGAAUCCACCAUUAAAAACCAUGAAAUUCCAUUGAGGUUGCUUCUUUGGUAUCUUGAUCCACUAACUCUGAAGAAAGAUGUUGCAAAAAUUCUGCAAGAAACCAUGGAAAGGCCUUUCCUUCAUCUGAACAAUGAAUUCCAUGAGAGGAAUGAUUGGCGUUCUAUAAUUACAUGCUUGGCACUUUCUCCUGCAAUGUUUAUUCAGAUCAGGGCUUUAUUACACAACUGGUUUCUAAUGACGGGUCGGUCUUCAGUUUUGGAGUUGCUAAAUGAACUAGUAUCACUGAUAAUGGAUGUAGUUUCCAGACCUUCAUGGUGGGGCAUACCUGUGGAAGUUGGAUUGAAGCUGCCAUUUUCUAAUGCAUAUUUCCCCUACAUGCACCACUUACUGAGGAUUUUGGUUGGACCUGUCUCGUCCAAUAGUUUUUUACAUUUAGUUCAUAUUAUAAGCCAACCUGUUUCUUGUGCUAGAAAACAUUCUGAUUCAACUAUUAAGCGCCCUGCAUCGAAGGCGACAACAGUAGAUUACAAAUCUAACUGGGCUUUGGCCAUGAAUUUCCCAGAUUGGUUCUUGUUUGCAUCUGUUUUGCUUUUCUCUGAGCAAAAUUUUCAAGACAAUUUCCAUUCAAAAUGCAUGCUAGGGGAACCCAGAACAGUGCGAACACAUGACUUGGAACCGCCUUGUUUAUCUGCUGCUGCUGCAAAAUACAUGGCAUGGAUUCUGAGCCCGAUCAGUGAAUCUCAUCAGGAUCUUCUGGCUGAUUGUUUAGCUGAAAUAUCAAAAUCUUGGGUUGUGAAACAAUUUGGCUCAGAAAAUCACAACACAGGAGCAGCUGGCUACAGGAAGAAACUCAAGAAACCCAAAUUUGAUGAGGACAAGGUGAAUUGUACUCUUGCAAAGGAUGACAAUUGUCAAGCAAUUGUAUCAUGGCUUGAGAAAUUUCAGAACAUAUAUGCAAUGUAUUGGAAUGAAACAAUCAGAUCAUGCAAAGGAAAAUCAUUCAAUGGUCCCAGCAAUCAGUGCAAUGUAAUCUUUAGAAGAAUUCCUCUUGGAAUCUUAAUUGGUGGCUCCCGACAUAUAAAUGAAGAUGGAUGUGAGGUGCUUCUGCAUUACGUGACGACAGGUACGAUACUCAAGUCCAGGACAUGUCAAACUGCAGGAUUGAAGCGUAUGAAACAGCACCCAGAACAGCAUGAAGAUUCAAUUACCUGCACUGAAGAAAGUGCUAAAAAGGAAGCGGUGGCAGGGGCCUGUCUUGUCUUUAAUUUAACAGAUGUUGCUGAGAGUAUGUCAGCUUCAAUGUUUGAGAUGGAGGAGAGAGGACUGGAUUUUGUUUGUCAGCUUAAAGCCAGGGUUAACAAAUACCUGCUUAAGUGUGUCAGGAGAAUACUCCAAAUCAAAAUUGAUCAAGAUGGAGUUCAGAUGCUAACAGAUAUCUGCAAUAGACUGGUCCGGUGGAGGCAUCAAGGGCGAGAAAUAUUUCAAAGCCAUGAGGAUUUGGAUGAUGUCCUCAGUGCCUUGAAUCAUAUAUUAUCUUCGUCUUAAUGAGGUUUAUGAAGGAGAAUAGCUCUCUUUUUUUCGCACAGUUCUUAUUGGGCUCUAAUGUUGUAUACACGCACAGAGAGAGAGAGAGAGAGAGAGAGGCUUGCAUAGCAAUUUAUUUUCUUUUAUCUUUAGUUCAUUCAUAUCUACGAGGAAUUGUAAUUGUACAAUUUUUGUAACUUAAAGAGGUCCUUUGAACACAUUAGAUCUCUUAUAUUAGCAAUUAAUAUUCGGUAACAUUUUGGAGUGCUA